AUGGCGCCGUUUCCAUGUUCAAGCGAACGCACAGCUGCUUCGGCUUUGCUCCUCCUCACCGUCACACCACCACCACCACAACCUCCCAAGGGCGGUUUUGAUGACGGCGGUGAGUCAUCGGUGGUGAGAUCGGAGCUAGGAAAGAGCGAGAUCACUAAUUUCGGAGAACAGAGCUUUGUUUCUGGCGACUCCAAAUCGUGCUGCACUUCCUUGCUCGCUAGAUCCAGUGAGGAGACUCAAGCUCGCACAAUCAGGAUGAUCACUCUUGCUGCUCUUCAUCGUGAUGUGAAGCUCAGAGCCGUGCAGAAAAACCGCUCCAAGAUCCAAACCGGCGUGACAUUCAACUCCUGGAGAACUCGCUCCGGCGUGAAGGUGGCCAUGACGACGUCGUUUGCCUCCACUUCGUCGGAGUCCUCGUGCCUGUCCACCAGUUCCAGCGCGGCUUACUCUAGCGCGCGAAGCCGUCACUCCUACGAGCCGAAGCUAGCCGGGAGCUGGAGUAGGCUCGCGAGCAUUGGUGAGCACACCAGGAAGAUCAAGAAGCAGAAGAAGAAAACGAAGAAGGUCGGGUCCGCUAAUAUCCGACGCAAAGCUGACGCCAUCCUGAAGCUGCUCUCUCAAGGCUGCCUCUCCGAAGUCAAGAUCCGUCAGACUCUCGGUGACAGUCCCGACACUAGCAAAGCCCUCAGACUGUUGUUGAAAUUUGAGGAGGUGAAAAGGACAGGCGCAGGAGGCCGUCGUAGUCCUUAUAUUUACACGAUAGCUUAA